UUGAAAAUUGAUUUGAUUUAAGUAAAAAUGAGUGCCAAAACCAAACGGCUAUCAUUGUUUACAUUUCUAUUCGUCACUUUGGUGCACAUUGCAGCGUUUUCCUCAGUCGUCCCCACGGCGGCGGCUCAGAACACCACCACCGGUGUCGUCGGUGACCUCGCGGCGUUGCUAGCAAUCAAAUCCAUGAUUCAAGAUGACCCACAAGGUAUCAUGACUUCAUGGAACGAUUCCGUUCAAUUCUGCCAAUGGCAACGUGUCACUUGCAGUUCCCGCCACCAAAAAGUCACCGCCUUGGACCUCUCGUCUGGAGGCUUAAUCGGAACCUUGUCUCCUUCCAUCGGAAACCUUAGCUUUCUCAGGUCGAUUCGGUUCCAUAACAACUCAUUUUCCGGCGAGAUUCCGCCUGAAAUUGGCCGGUUGUUUCGAUUAGAUGAACUACGUCUUUACAACAACUCUUUCGAGGGCAACAUUCCCGCCAGUUUAUCGAAUUGCUCCAACCUGCAAGCGCUUCACUUAGGUAACAAUAAUCUAAUCGGCAAAAUCCCCGAUGGGAUUGGAUCGUUAUCCAAGCUAAACUUACUCAUUCUUCACCGGAACAAUCUAGGAGGUGGGAUUCCACUGUUCAUCGGAAAUCUUACUAGCCUAGAUACUCUUUCCCUUGGUAAUUGUGGACUCGGGGGAAACAUUCCUGAUUUCUUCCACCGACUGAUUAACCUGAGAAGACUUGCAUUGCCCGGAAAUAACCUCAUCGGUAAUCUUCCACCUUCUUUCUACAAUCUCUCCGUUUUAGAACAACUAUUCCUCGAUAGUAAUCAACUCUCGGGUAGACUACCCAUGAACUUAGGUUCAAUCAUGCCUCGUCUUCAAGUUCUUUCUAUACCCGAUAACUUAUUUACAGGUCCUCUUCCCCCCUCUGUUCUCAGUUCUUCAGAAUUAGGAGUCAUAGAUGCAGCUAGAAACAAUUUCUCCGGAAAGCUAGUUAUCAGUUCCCGGGACGCCUGUAGUUUUGAAAUCUUGUCAUUAAGUUCGAAUCAUUUCGGGAGUGGGGAAAACGAUGAAAUGAAAUUUAUAGAUGCUUUGUCGAUUUGCAAUAACUUAGGAGUGUUGGAUCUUGGGUUCAAUCAGAUGAAAGGUUUCUUGCCGGAAUCUCUUGGAAACUUGUCGACUAUGCUGUAUUUUCUGAGCUUUGGUUCGAAUUCUUUUUCCGGUGGCCUUCCCUCAUCGGUUGGGAAUCUCUCCGGCCUAACUUCCCUCGACUUGUCGAGUAAUCAACUCACCGGCACAAUUCCGGCGAGCAUUGGCAAUCUUGUAAAUCUACGGAUGCUAGAUUUUACAAAUAAUUCUUUCUCAGGAAACAUUCCUGGUUCUUUUGGAAACCUAUCGUUGCUGAUUGAACUUCACUUGGGGUUAAAUGAACUGAACGGUUCCAUACCAUUAAGUUUAGGGAACUGUAACAGGCUGCUAGAGUUAACCCUCGAUCGGAAUAACCUUACCGGAGACGUUCCUAGUCAACUAUUUGAACUCUCGUCGUUAUCCAUUACGCUAAAUUUGGGUAGCAACCAUUUAUCGGGACAGAUUCCCCGAGAGAUCGGCGAUCUUCAAAACGUAAAAGAAAUUAUCCUGGCAAACAAUCGCUUCUCAGGCAACCUUCCGACCACCCUAGGCAACUGCCGCAGCCUUGAAAACCUAAACAUAAGCAACAACUUCUUUCAGGGUUCUCUUCCACCAUCGUUGAGCUCUUUGCGCGCCCUCCAAAACCUUGACGUUUCACGUAAUAACUUCACUGGUCAGAUCCCAAGUUAUCUGGAAGAAAUUCCUUUGGUGAAUCUCGAUCUAUCAUUUAAUGGUUUUGAAGGGGAGGUAUCGAACCAAGGAGUGUUUGGUAACAGAUCUUCAGUUUCUGUUAUCGGCAACAAUGGUCUUUGUGGUGGGCUACCUGAACUCCGGUUACCUAACUGCCCUUCAACAAACCGUAAGAGAAAAAAUCGGUUGAGCCUUGCAGUUAUAUUAUCCAUCUCGAUAGUUUCAGUUCUGAUUUGUAUAGCCAUGGUUUUGUUUUGCGUGUUCUAUCGAAGAAGAAAGGAGAUUGAAGAUGAAGUAUCCGAGCCUAAUUCUGGGGAAUCCUUCGUUCAAGUUUCUUACGAAAUGCUUCACAAAGCAACCGAUGGAUUCUCCAACAAGAACUUCAUAGGUGAAGGUAGCUUUUCAUCAGUUUAUAAAGGAUACCUCGAUAAAGACGAUGUGAUUGUUGCUAUCAAAGUACUAAACCUCCAUCGUAAAGGUGGUUCCAAGAGCUUCAUAUCUGAGUGUGAAGCACUCAGAAACGCCAAACAUAGAAACUUAACAAAGGUGAUAACUUGUUGCAGUGGGAUUGACUUUCAAGGAAACGAAUUCAAAGCUAUAGUUUAUGAGUUCAUGUCUAAUGGAACUUUAGAUCAAUGGUUGCAUCAUGAGGUCCCUCAACUCAAUCUCUUACAAAGACUGUGUGUAGCAUUAGAUGUUGCUUACGCACUUGAUUAUCUUCAUAAUCAUGGUGGAAAGACAAUUGUUCAUUGUGAUUUGAAACCAAGCAACAUUCUACUUGAUGAAGACAUGGUUGCACAUGUUGGAGAUUUUGGACUCUCAAAGAUUCUUGAUUCUGAGCAUCAAAACAGGAAUCAUAGUAGCUCAGUUGGAGUUAGAGGAACCAUCGGUUAUGCAGCUCCAGAAUAUGGGGUUGGAAGCAAGGUGUCAACAAGUGGAGAUAUGUAUAGUUAUGGAAUUUUGUUGUUGGAGAUGAUGACAGGUAAGAAACCUACAUAUGCUAUGUUUCAAGAUGGUGUCGGUUUACACAACUAUGCUAAAGCAGCCAUGGAUGAUGGUUCAGUUGAGGUUAUUGAUCCAAUUCUUCUGAAGGGUGAUGACAUAAGAAGCAAUAAGGAAGAUAAAGAUUAUGUGAAAAACGACAUGUGUUGCCUUAUGUUGCUUAAAAUUGGGGUUUCAUGCUCCAUGGAGUCACCAAGGCAUCGAAUAGAUACAGCUACUGUUAUCCAUGAGCUUCACCUGAUCAAGGAUGCCAUUUUAGGGAAUUCUAAUGAUUUCUAA